GCGUCGGUUUAUUGUCCAUCUUCGAGAUGUCCGCUCCCCGGAGCUGUGCUUUGCGGCGGCACUGCGGAUGUCGCAGCGCCCGGGACCCAGCGGAACGCAGCGGGCUGUCACCCGGCCCGGAGAAGCGAACACACUUGUGAAUCCGCGCGACCUCGCGCCCGGCGCACUUCCGGAGGCGGGGCUUAUCCCGACCCCGCCCCGAAGUCGGCCGGGGUUGGGAGGUGCUGGCCGCUCCGCCUGCCUUGCCCUUUCUGCAGCGGUCGGGAAAACCCGGCGCGGCGCAGGCACAGAGCGGCGGAGCGGCGCCGCCCCUCGCGCACCUCCCCGGCGGCCCCGGGCGGCCGCGCUGGGCAUGCUCAGUAGGCAGGGCCGCUUCAGCUCGGAGUAGGAAGAUUGGGCGCUCGCGCUGAGCGGAGCCGCGGCGGGGGAAGAUGGAGCCCUUCACCAAUGAUAGACUUCAGCUCCCCAGGAAUAUGAUUGAAAACAGUAUGUUUGAGGAAGAACCAGAUGUGGUGGAUUUAGCCAAAGAGCCUUGUUUACAUCCCUUAGAGCCUGAUGAAGUGGAAUAUGAGCCCCGGGGCUCCCGACUGCUGGUGCGAGGUCUUGGUGAACAUGAGAUGGACGAGGAUGAAGAAGAUUAUGAGUCAUCUGCAAAGCUGCUGGGCAUGUCCUUUAUGAACAGAAGCUCCGGCCUUCGGAACAGUGCCGCUGGCUACAGGCAGAAUGCAGAGGGGUCUUGUUCAGUACCCUCUGCAAGGACCUUGGCGGUCUGUGCUUUUGUCAUUGUGGCUGCUGUUUCCGUCAUCGUAGUGAUUUAUGUACUGCCCAGAUGUACCUUUACCAAAGAAGGCUGCCAUAAAAAGAACCAAUCAAUGAGACUAAUUCAGCCCCUUGCAACGAAUGGGAAGUUAUUUCCAUGGGCACAAGUGAGGCUGCCCACUGCCGUUAUGCCACAGCGCUAUGAACUGGACCUACACCCAAACUUAACUUCAAUGACGUUCCGGGGUUCUGUGACAAUUUCAGUUCAGGCUCUUCAGGCCACGUGGAAUAUCAUUCUUCACAGCACAGGUCAUAAUAUUUCGAGAGUGACCUUCAUGUCAGCAGUUUCAAGCCAAGAAAAACAAGUCGAAAUCCUGGAAUAUCCAUAUCAUGAACAGAUUGCCAUUGUUGCCCCAGAAGCCCUCCUAGAAGGGCACAAUUAUACCUUGAAGAUAGAAUAUUCAGCAAAUAUAUCUAGUUCUUACUAUGGGUUUUAUGGCACCACUUACAAAGAUGAAAGUAAUGAGAAAAAGUACUUUGCAGCAACUCAGUUUGAACCUCUGGCAGCAAGAUCUGCUUUUCCUUGUUUUGAUGAACCAGCAUUUAAAGCCACAUUUAUCGUCAGGAUCAUAAGGGAGGAGCAGUACACUGCUUUAUCAAAUAUGCCUAAGAAGUCAUCAGUCCCUAUGGAAGAUGGACUUUUUCAGGAUGAGUUUUCUGAGAGUGUGAAGAUGAGCACUUACCUGGUUGCUUUCAUUAUAGGCGAGAUGAAGAACCUGAGUCAGGAUGUAAAUGGAACCCUGAUUUCUAUAUAUGCCAUACCAGAAAAGAUUGGUCAAGUUCACCAUGCCUUGGAAACAACAGUGAAGCUUCUUGAGUUUUAUCAAAACUACUUUGAAAUUCAAUAUCCUCUUAAAAAAUUGGAUUUGGUGGCCAUUCCUGACUUUGAAGCAGGAGCAAUGGAAAAUUGGGGCUUAAUUACCUUCCGUGAAGAGACCCUUCUGUAUGACAAUAACACUUCUUCAGUGGCGGAUAGAAAACUGGUUACUAAAAUCAUCGCUCAUGAGCUGGCUCACCAGUGGUUUGGUAAUCUGGUAACAAUGCAAUGGUGGAAUGAUCUAUGGCUGAAUGAAGGUUUUGCAACGUUCAUGGAAUAUUUCUCUUUGGAAAAAAUAUUCAAAGAACUCUCCAGUUAUGAAGAUUUCUUAGAUGCUCGAUUUAAAACCAUGAAGAAAGAUGCUUUAAAUUCAUCUCAUCCAAUAUUAUCAUCUGUUCAGUCUUCAGAACAAAUUGAAGAAAUGUUUGAUUCCCUUUCCUAUUUUAAGGGAGCCUCUCUCUUGUUGAUGCUGAAAACUUACCUUAGUGAAGAUGUAUUUCAACACGCCAUUAUUCUUUACCUGCAUAAUCAUAGCUAUGGGUCCAUUCAGAGUGAUGAUCUGUGGGAUAGCUUUAAUGAGGUUACGAACAAAACGCUAGAUGUAAAGAAAAUGAUGAAAACCUGGACCCUGCAAAAAGGAUUUCCUUUAGUAACUGUUCACAGGAAAGGAAUGGAACUUUUUAUAAAACAAGAGAGAUUUUUCUUAAGUAUGAAACCUGAAAUCCAGCCUUCAGAUGCAAGCUACCUGUGGCAUAUUCCAAUAUCUUAUGUCACUGAUGGAAAAAAUUAUUCAGAAUACCGAGCAGUAUCAUUACUGGACAAGAAAUCAGGUGUCAUCAAUCUUACAGAACAAGUGCAGUGGGUCAAAGUCAAUGCAAACAUGACUGGCUAUUACAUUGUCCACUACGAAGAUGAUGACUGGGCAGCACUCAUCCAGCAGUUGAAAAGAAAUCCUUACGUUCUGAGUGACAAGGACCGAGCCAACCUCAUCAACAACAUCUUUGAACUUGCAGGCCUAGGCAAGGUGCCUCUUCAGAGGGCCUUUGAUUUGAUUGAUUAUCUUAGAAAUGAGAACCAUGCCGCCCCUAUCACUGAAGCCCUGUUCCAGACAGGACUCAUCUUUCACCUCCUUGAAAAACUAGGGCACACAGAUCUGGCCUCAAGACUGGUGGCCAGGGUACACACGCUGCUUCAAAACCAAAUCCGACAACAAACUUGGACUGAUGAGGGCACCCCAUCCACGCGAGAGCUUCGCACAGUCUUGCUGGAAUUUGCUUGCACCCACAGCCUGGAGAACUGCAGCACUGCUGCCAUGAAGCUAUUUGAUGAAUGGGUGGCAUCUAAUGGAACUCAAAGCCUGCCUACUGAUGUUAUGACAGCUGUGUUCAAAGUUGGAGCAAAAACUGAUACAGGCUGGUCAUUCCUCUUAAGCAAGUAUGUUUCCAUAGACUCUGAAGCCGAGAAAAACAAAAUACUUGAAGCUCUUGCCAGUUCAGCAGAUACGCGGAGACUUUACUGGUUAAUGAAAAAUAGCCUUGAGGGAGAUAUCAUCCGAACGCAAAAGUUGUCAUUUAUCGUUAGGACAGUGGGCCGAAGUUUUCCUGGACACUUGUUGGCAUGGGAUUUUGUCAAAGAAAACUGGGAUAAACUUGUACAGAAGUUCCAUCUGGGGUCCUAUACCAUUCAAAAUAUUGUUGCUGGAUCAACUCACCUGUUUUCAACGAAGGCACAUUUUUCUGAGGUCCAGGCAUUUUUUGAAAAUCAGUCAGAGGCAACCUUCCGGCUUCGGUGUGUCCAGGAGGCUUUGGAAGUCAUUCAUUUGAAUAUCCAGUGGAUGGAGCAGAACCUGAAAACCCUGACAUGGUGGCUAUAGCAUGCAAACUGCACUUCAUCUUGUCACCCAUUCAGAGAGCUUGUGAACUUGGGCUCUGCUGCUUUUGCAAAACCUGAGGUGAAUCUAGGAUGGCUGCCAGGUUGUUUGCACUCAUAGGAGUUCUAGUAAGCUCAGGGCCCAACUGUUUUUCAUCUGUCUUUUCUGAAAUGUCUUUAGGCAGUGUUAUUUAUUACAUUAUAUUCACCUAUAUGCCAGUCAUCUGUAAAAUCAGUGAAUAUUUUUUCUACUUUGAGGAAAUGCCAAUGGGGGAAAACUGGUUAGGGAACUCUUCUAUUUCUCAGGACCUAGAAAAUGACCCAUACAGUGAAACAAGGAAAGGUCUACCACAACAGCCACCAUCUUUGCAAGCUGCUGAUGUGUUAGCUGUUUGUUGCUUCUUGGUAGAUGCUAUUGGAAUGUGGUACAAAUUUAGCCUCAAAGAGUACCGGAAUGAAGACGCUGAAACAUCCGACUGUAGAGAACUGAUCUCAGGUGUGCAGAUCUACUUGCAUUUGGUAUUUUGAGUAAUCCUUUAUUUUCUGAAAAAAGUUUAAAUAAUACCUAUAAUAAUUAUAUUUUUUCUGCAGAAUAGUCAGGUGCUACAGAAUUUUUAAAUUUUUUGUUGAAUAGCUAAAGGAGGUCAAAAAGUUAAAUUGUGCAAGUAUUUAACACUUUAUGCUUUAUAUUAUAUAAUUUUACCACAUGAGAAUAUUCCAGACUGAGUUAAUUGUAAUUAUUUUUUUUUCUUCAAAAAUGCCAGUAUUCCCUCAGGUCUGAACACAGUCAUCACUCCUGCCCUAGACUGACUUUAUGUUGUGAAUAAGUAUUUCUGUGUUUGUGGUAAACAUGCUGUAAACACUGGUAUUUUUUUGUCAAAGCCUUUGUCUUCAUAGAUUGUAGACACUUUUUCUCCCAAACAUACCCUUCUGUACAUUUUCAUUUUAUAUGCUACAGUGGCAUAUUGGAAGCCUAUUUUAAAAUAGGGUCUUUGAGAAGUUACAAAUUUUUAGUUGAAGUUCACCAUAGUACCUUAAAGGAACAAAGGAGAAUGUGGGAUAAGAGUGAGUUGAAUUUACGUUUAGUAUGGUGGGCUCUGAGUUUUUUCCACUAUUAAAAAUAUACUUUUCUUUGGUUGAAAACAGAAUCAUAGUCUUUCUUUUAUCGUGGCCAAACUAGCAUUCCAUGGAGUGGCCAAAGAAAGAAAGAAGGAGAAAUGAGAGAAGAUAUCCAAGAUCAUACGGCAUUUUUAUUCCUUCUGAAGGAAAAAUACUGUACUUGAAUUUUUUGAGCUAUGCAGACCUAUAUCUAGAUUGUUGCGUUUCUUUGUUUCUUAGGAGAGAAGUUUCUUCGUGAUAACUCUUGAGAACUUUAUAUUUUGUUUAAAACAGUGUCUGUGUACAUAAAAAUCGGAGUUACUCAUUUAUGAGCAUUUGAAACACUCCACAGAGUCAGACAAUGGGAAAGAUCCCCUUUUUUAUUCAGCAGAUGUAAAGUUAGAAUAUGUGGGGUUGUGUAUAAAAUUCUAUUUUAUUUUAUGAAAAUAUUUUUAUAUAACAAAAUUUCAAAGGCUUUCAAGCUAAAAGAGCCUGCUUUAACCCUAGUGCGCUUCCCCCAGCUUAGUCUUUUCUAAAUGUUUGUCCCCUGUUUUUGAGCAGAAAAUAUUUUCUGAGAAUCACAGAAGCAUCUAUAGACAUUGAAACUAAGGUGAUAGAUUUUUAUUCCUCUCAUGAUUUGGUAAAUGAAUGAUAAUUAAGUAGAUAUUGAAAGUUAGUGUGAUUUUUGUAUUUUCUGAGUGAAGGAGAACUUCUAAAUUUUUGAGGAUUUUUGGGUUGUUGCUUUUUUUUGCCAUGUUGUAUUACUAAUUUCCACUUUAAUACAGAAUUUAAAUUUUGCUAGUUCUCAAAAUCAGUUAAGGUUCUUCAUUUUUACCUGCCCAUCUUUACAUUACUUUUAAAAUAUGUUAACUCUGUAUAUGGCAAAUCUUGUCUUAAAUUAUAUAAUUUUUUCUCUCUGUGUGUGUGUGUGUGUGUGUGUGUGUAUCAGAGAGAGAGAGAGAGUGUGUGUGGUAUGGGGUAUUACAAAUGAGACAUUAUCAAAAUGUGGGCUAAAAAGGUAACUCAUGAUCCAUUGCCAUCUUUAUACUCAAAGGUCGUUCAUUCCUGUGAUACUGGAUAGGUAAUCGCAAUUUUAUUUCUGCCUUUCCUCUCAAUUCUUUCUAGUUUAGUAGGCCUCACCUAAAUUUUUUCCAUGCAGUUCCAUGUUUAAUGUUAUACUGACCCAUUUAUAUGGGACCUCUUGAAACUAAUUCCUAAGUUAGGAAUACAAAGUUAAGUAAAUGUAGAACUUACAAUUACUGUAUUGGCAGUUUUUGCAUUUUUUUCUCAAAAACUUUCUCUUGUGCAUAUGUGUGUGGGAACUCAGAUUGAAGCACAGAAGUCACAAUCUGCUUUUUAUAUAAGCACAGAUUCCUGCUACAAUUGAGUACUUGAAUGUAGGACUUGAAUAAGUUUUAAUUGCAGAGAAAUGGUCCACAAUAUGAAUGUAAUAUGAACGGUACAUGAUAGAUUAUUAGGGAAGAUUAAAUUGGAAAUCUAUAGUUACAGAAGGAAAGAGUUACACUUCAGAGAUUUGAAAAGUCAUGAAAGUAGGUAUUGGAGGGGUCCAGUUUGUUCUGUUAAAUUGAAAACAAUUUUAUGUAUUAAUCUGUAAGUAGUGGCAGCUUCCACUAUAAGCUUGUGCCUUUAUCUUGUUUUAUUUAAGUCUCUUCAAGUGAAACUGUGCUGUCAUUGUUUCAGAGUGCAAACUUUGUAUCAUAGGUUCUACUUAAGUUCUAGUUUUUCUUUGACAUAACUGUUUUCAUUUUAUGGGACUUCAGCUACUGUGAAAACAAAGGAGCUAUCAGAGGAGGCCUAGGUACAGGGAGCAAAUCAAGCUGCUUCAGUGUGACUGGGCACCAAAUAGAAUCCUUUCUGAGUACCUUCUGGGAAGUAAGAAAUUAGAGUUAAUGGCUCUGUUUGUUACAGUACUAAUAACCUAGUAUUGGAUUGGAUUUUAAAAGAGUGUAUUCAGCUUAUAGUAUCUGGGACCAUAGUCUACAGUCAGGGUUCUGGACAUUUACAUAAUUGCCAGGCAUGUCACAGAGCUGUGGAAAGGUAUAAUGCCUCUCAGAUGUGUCGUCACCAAGCAGAACAGUUCCUGGGCUGGACUACAAAGCUAGAGCUGUGUUGGAUUACAGAGGCAUACAGAAGAACUAGGGUUGUAGGUAGGAUGCACCUCUCCUCACUGUUGCCUUCUUUACUGAAGUUUUCAUUGGAAUUAACUCACUUUUGAAAAAGCUUUCCCCUCCCAUUUGUAUAUUUUAAAAGUAAGGUAGACAUUUUUGCUGGGUUCUGCAUUUUUUUUGUUUUGUGCUUCGUUCUCUGCAUUGGCAAGUAGUACAUGAAAAGUGGAGGUCGACCGUGCGAUAAAAUGAAAGUAGAAAUUGGAGGGGUAUCCCUCCUCACCCUUUCCCUUAGUGCUCACACGGGCAACAACUAGUAGAGCAGUUGAGCGAUUUUUUUGAGUGUUUCCUGGGGGGUAGUUUUAUAAAAUGUACAUGUGUGGCUUUAGAUGUUUUUAUAAUUCUAUAAAUUGUGUGCUAAUAAAAAGUGAAAUAUUGUCCAAUGAAAGUCUCCCCUUUCCAUAUCACCUGUCAGAGGCAGUAGCUGCGAAGUAGUGCAGUAUUUGUUUUCUUUCUUUGAAAGAAGGCAGUUGUGUUGGGCGGACAGCUUCUUUUAAAAGUGUGUGCAGAGGAUUUGCUGCUGUUCUGAGAGUGCUGUUUUAUUUUGGACUGCCUUCCUCCCUCUGGUGGACGUGUGUACAAACCAUGGCAGCCCGUGAGGAUGGCCUUGUCCCACUCCCGCUCUUCCUACUGCCUGCAUGGACAAGAACUAACGAAGUAGUCCCCAGAGCUACUGCUUUGAUCUAGCCUGAGGAAGGAGGUUGUCUGUCAUUCUUUCAAGUGUAUACCAAUGUUCUGCCACUUCUUAAUGUUUCAUUUUAUUCUUGUUUCUUUGCAUGGAUGCAUGUGUCCUUGAUGAAUAUUGGGGUUCAGAGGAUGACACAUCUCUUUUCCUUUGUUGCCUCUGGAAGCAAUAGCUCAUAGAUUAGUUUUGUGUGGGGUGACGGAGAGAGUGGGGAUGUACUCGGUAUAUAAAAACACACUUGCUACUGCACUGUGUUACUAAUUCAUUUUGUGCUGUGUCCCUCUCGUGGCUGUGAAAGUACCUAUGGGACGUGGAGGUCUGGAUGUGUGACAGUUGCUGCCUCUUCCCCCACCUCUGUUGCGUUUUGGGCAGUAGAGAAGCAGAGUCAACAGGGGCAGGGUGUUUGGGCGGAAGAGAUGGGGAAGCAGGGAGGUGUACUAAUGUUUGUAUAUAUGUACAUAUCUGUUCUCAGUGCUCUAUUGCAUUAAUUCUUUGGGUACCCAGACUGGAAGGUACCUAACGGACCAUAGAGUUUCAGAUGUAUAACGGUCUCCCCUUCUCCUUUCCCUUAUUGCCUGUUUGGGCAGUACCUCCUAGAGUAGCUCAAGUUUUUUUAAAAUUUCUUGCCAGUGUAGGAAAAGUGGUUGUAGAAUAAGAAUAUAUACUUUUAAAAUGUAUAUAAAUGUUUUUAUAGGUUUUUUACUUCAUAUCUGUCCUUUACAUGGAUAUAUGAAGAAAAUUGAGGAUCAUUCUAUGACAAGUCUCCUCUUCUCCUCCUCCCCAUGCUGCCUGUGUGGGCAGUGUCUGUAGAGUAGCUGAAGUUGCAGUGCUUCUGUGGGUAUCGGGGUAUAUACUUUCUUAAAUGUGUGUGUAUGAUUUGCUUCUAUUAGAGUAUUUCAUUGGGUGCCAGUCCGUUACUUGGACAUGGGAGUUCCUGAGAAACUGUGGGGCUCUAGAUGUGUAACAGCCUGCUCUUCUCCCUUUUCCUUUUGAUCUGUGUGAGCAAUAAUUUUAAAAUAUUUUGAAUUUUUUUAAAGUUGGGGCUAAUAGCAGGAUAUGUGCAUUUUUUAAUGUGUGUAGUUAUGUGUGUGUGUGUAUGUGUGUGUUUACUAGUUAUUUCAUUUUGUACCGAGUCCUUUGCAUGGACAUAGAGGUACCUAAUGAAACCUGGAGGUCCGGAUGUAUGAAAAUCUCCUCUUUUCCCCUUCCCUUAUUGCCUCAAUAGGCAAUAGUUAUAGUGUAACAUAGAUCUUUUUAACUCCACCCACCCAGAAGAAUGGGGUAUGUACUUUUAUAUCUGUAUAUAAAUAUUUUUGCUCCUUCUUUCUGGCACUUCAUUUUGUACCUAGUCCUUUCUGGCACUUAGUACAUAAUGAAAAUCAAGGUUCAUUCUAUGAAAAAAAAUCCACUCUUCCCCUUCCCUGAUUGCCUGCCUGGGCAAUGGCUAGUAGAGUAGUUGUUUGGGUUUCUUUGGCAAGGAUGGGGGUGGGGGGUGGGGGUUCGUGUUUUUUAAAUGUAUAUAAAAAUGUGUUACUUUUUCAUUCUUGUACUCCCAACCACGUUUUUUGUUUGGACUUUUAGGUAUCUAGUAUAAUGAGAGGCUCGGACUGGAGGUGUGGUCCAGCUUUUUCCCUUCUCCUGUACCCGGGGUGUAUAGGGAAUAAUGUAUGAUUACUGCAGGGCUUGAUUUGCGUUUUUAGUUUUUGUGGUUUUUAAUGGGGAAUAGUUGUUAGAAAAUAUUUAUAUUUCAUUACAUAUGUAUAUAUUAAACUAUAAUAUGUGUAUGUAAAUGCUUUUGCCCUUUUGGGGCGUUAACUUCAUUUUGAAUUUGAUCCUUUGCAUGACUAUUUAGAUAGUUAAUGAACAUUGAGAUUGACUCUAUGAAAAAUCUCCCAUACUCCCCAUUCCUGAUUGCCUGGCGGGCAAUGGUAGAAUAGAUGUCUGAUUUUUUUUGGGAUGCAGGUCUAGAUGUAUACAUACAUAUUUUUCAAUGUAUAUAAGUAUUUGUUAUAUUCUGUGUGUUAUGUCUUGUAGACCCCAGUUCUUUGCUGGGAUGUGUAGAUACGUAGUGAAAUAUGACGGUCCAGACGUAUGAUAACUCUCCUCUGCUCCCCUUCCCUCAUUGCCUGUAGGGGCAAUCGUUUUAUAACUUGGGGUUUUUUGUGGGGAGGGACCUUGGGAUGGGUAAUGAUUAGGGGAAAUAGGGCAUAUACUCCUUUUAAAACGUCUGUAAAUAUCUUUAUCUUAUUGAUUGGGUACUCAGUCCUUUGCAUGGAUAUAGAGGCACCCAAUGAAAAUCGAGGAUCAGUGUAUGACACAUCUCACAUUCUCCCCUUCCCUUGAUUGCCUUCGUAGGCAAUGGUAGAAUAGUUGUGUUUUAUUUACUUAUUUGUCUGGAAAGGUUGUAUAUUUUUAGUAUCCUGAAUAAGUGCAAAUAUAUUUUCAUUUCUUUAUUUCAUUUUGUAUUAUUUCUUUGCAUGGUUGUGUAAGGACCUUAUGAAAAUAGUUUCAGAAUAUGACAGAGCCCUACUUCCUUUCCUGCAUAUUUUCUCAUGUAGCAAUAGCUAGUAUAGUUCUUUUUGGUUGUUUUAUUUCCUAGGAGAUCUAUAUCUAUAUUUGUCAUUUGUUUCUUUUCCCCCUCAUUAUCUUCCUUUAAUAUAUCCUUUGCCGGGCUCUAAAUGUACCUAAAAACACACAGGCUCACUGGGUUCCAGCCAUCUGCUGGAAGGUGUGGCAGUGUGCGGGUGUGACUAAUGGCAGCAGGCAUGCGGCAAGUCAGCCUGCAGAGGACCUUUGGGUAUGGUGAGCUGUAAGAGCUAAUCGCCCCAGCACUUUCUGGGUUAAGCUGAAGGAGAAGGUAAAAAGGGGCCUCCACUUUUGUAAAUAUCAUAAAGGCAGAGGGCAGUACUGAGUAAAAGCGUGUUUAAACUUCCUUGCUGGUUAGUGUUCCAGUAACGGGUGAGCCACUGAAGCUGAUAAGCCAGCAGUAGUGUUCACAGCAACUCCCUUGAAGACCCUGAAGAGUAGCUCCUUUUUGUGGCCUGAAAUUUGGAUCCAUCUACAAAACUCUGGUGCAGUUCCAUCAGUAGCAUAUUCUUGAGUAUCCAGUAGAAAUGACUUUUAUUCUUGGAAUGAACCUUUUGAGUUACUGUCAUUGCUCUGGUGAACGACAGCAUGGACCCUAAAACUAAUCCAGAAGAAAUUUUUGGCACAAGCCCUUUCUCUCUUUCAACACCCACAUGUGGCAGAACAUGUCGGCCGCUUCCUACCCACAGCUCUUGUGUGGCUGCACCCUCUCCUCCAUUCUCCAUUAGCUGAACCAUUUUCUGCUCGUUUCUCCCUUUCUUCAGUGCCUGGACUGGUAAAUGUUAUCUUCAGUUGUACUCAAAAAUUUAAACCAAUGCUGCCUCCUAACUCUUGUAUUUUUGUGUGCAUUUCACGCACCCAGGCCUGUGUGCUUGCUUUCAGCAUUCUUAUAUCACAUUUCACAUUGUCUCUUCGUCCAGCACAUGGUAAAUGUUAUGACUACACAUUAGUCUGCAAAUCAAAUCGAAUGCAUGUGUAAGCCUCCUUCCCUCACUCCCUCCCUUCCUUCCUUUUAGCAUUUUAGCAUUGUUUGUUUUGUUUUCACAUGUAUAGUGAUGCUGAAGAUUUGCCAUAUCAUUAUUUAAGAAACAUUGAGUGAUAGGACUCCUAGAAAAUUUUCAAAAUGUUAUUUACUAUAUCAAACUCUCAGGUUCUAGUGUUGAAAAAUUAGCCUAUAUGUUGCUAUUAAUUAUACCUGCUGCUGUAGAAAAAAUAAAGUUUAUUCAUGACACAUUUAACUUUGAUCCUAAGUAAGAGAAAGGGGGCACCUUUUUGGAAUUAGUCAUGGUAGUCAUUAGUGAUAUUUUUGAACAGUUCUUAAUUUGAAAUACUUCAAAGGAAGUAAAGGUCAUGGCUUAGCUGAAUGAAACGCUCCAGAAGUCAGACUGCAUAAACCAUCAGUACAGUAAUACAUUUGUGUGUAUGUGUAUAUAAAAUGAGAAUUACAGCAUAAUUGGAGUAUUUGCAUUAAUCAACAAGCUCGUGUUGAGACAAACCUUAGUCUCACGGCUGCCUUGAUUAAAGCCAAGUGUUCCACGUUGCUGUGAAGAAUAGUCUCCUUCAAUACUUUGGAAAGUAAUUACUCGGAAAACUGUAAAUGUAUUACAUUUUUGUAUUUAAACACCUAUAGAGAUCUUUAAUCCCUUCAGUCUGAGCUUGUGGAUGGAAUUCUAAAUUUGUAUCAUAAAAAUCUUCUUUUGUGAAAGAUUUUGAAAAUAUGUAUAUAUAAUGUUUAUGCAAAUUGUGUUGUUUCACUUGUAAAGGGAAAGGCUUAUUUUUCUUUAUAUUUCUGAUAAUUUGUUUUGCAUAUGACCAGCACUGAUUGAAAGGCAUGUGUAACUGCAAACACUGUUGCUUUUUUUGUGAAAUAAAAAGUAUUUAAAUACAAA